AUGUCUUCCGAAGAGACCAAGCCGACGCGCCCCCGCGUCUUCUUCGACGUCACCAUUGGCGGCAAGGCCGCCGGCCGCAUCACCAUGGAGCUCUACAACGAUCUCGUACCCAAGACCGCCGAGAACUUCCGCGCCCUCUGCACCGGUGAGAAGGGCCUGGGCAAGUCCGGGAAGCCCCUCCACUACAAGGGCUCCGGAUUCCACCGCGUCAUCAAGCAAUUCAUGAUCCAGGGUGGUGACUUCACCGCGGGUAACGGCACCGGCGGCGAGUCCAUCUACGGCGAGAAGUUCGAGGACGAGGCUUUCCCCAUGAAGCACGAGCGUCCCUUCCUCCUGUCCAUGGCCAACGCUGGACCUAACACCAACGGCUCCCAGUUCUUCAUCACCACCGUCCCCACCCCCCACCUCGACAACAAGCACGUAGUCUUCGGCCACGUCCUGAACGGCAAGUCUGUUGUCCGCCAGAUCGAGAACCUUACGACCGCCAGUAGUGAUGCGCCGGUCAAGGACGCGAUCAUCGCGGACUGCGGUGAGCUCACCGGCGACGCUGCCCUCGCCGCCGACGUCAAGGCCCCCGACGCCAUGGGCGAUCAGUACGAGGACUACCCGGAAGACUGCGCCACCCCUCCCGACGCCAAGGAGACACUCAAGAUUGCGACCGCCUGCAAGGACUUUGGCAACAAGGCCUUCAAGGCGGGCGACUUCCAGACUGGCCUCGACAAGUACCAGAAGGGUCUGCGCUACCUCAAUGAGGAGCCCGAACUCGACAACGAGCCCGCCGAGGUCAAGACGGAGCUCCAGGCCCUCCGUUUCUCCCUCAACAACAACUCUGCUCUGCUGAACAUCAAGCUCGAGAACUGGGAGGAUGCCGCCAGAUGCGCGGGUUACGCGCUCGACGUCGCCGGCACUAAGGACGCCGAUCGCGCCAAGGCCCUCUACCGCCGCGGCUUUGCCAGUGUCCGUCUUAAGGAUGAAGAGAGCGCCCUCAAGGACCUCGAGGAGGCCCACAAGCUCGUCCCCGAGGACAAGGUUGUCCUCAACGAGCUCAAUGCUGUUAAGCAGAAGGCGACCGCCCGUGCGGCCAAGGAGAAGGCCGCGUACAAGAAGUUCUUCCAAUAG